AUGGCUCAAGAUACUUCGUCUACAAAAACCACUAAAGCUCUCGAUGAUUAUGUCUUAUUGGGGCGUAGUGGAUUGAGAGUUUCUCCAUUAUGUCUUGGUACUUUGACUUUUGGAGAACAAUGGAACUUGGGCUCUAAUAAAGAAGAAUCGAAAAAAGUUUUUGAUCUUUAUUACGAAAGAGGCGGAAAUUUUUUCGAUACUGCCUCCAAUUAUAAUUAUGGUGAAAGUGAACGUUUCCUUGGAGAUUAUGUUUCUGAUAAACGAUCUAAUGUUGUGAUUGCAACAAAGUAUACGAGUAAUACAACUGCUAUGCAAAAGGAUAUAAGACUCAAUCCGAAUUUAGGAGGAAAUCAUCGAAAAAGUCUUGUGGAGAAUCUUGAUGAGAGCUUGAAACGAUUGAACAUGAGCUAUGUCGAUAUUUUAUAUGUUCAUGCUUAUGAGUUUCGAACUCCAAUUGAAGAAUUUAUGAGAUCAUUAGAUGACGCCGUUCGAAGUGGAAAAGUGUUAUAUGUUGCUGCAAGCAAUUUUCCAUCUUGGGCACUCGCUCGCGCUAAUACAUUUGCAGAAUUACGCGGAUGGAGUUCUUUCAUUGGACUUCAAACGCGUUAUAAUUUGUUGGAUAGAUCGUUAGAAUUUGACUUACAACCUGCUUGUGCUGAACUUGAUUUGGAAUUAUUCCGUGGGGUGCCAUCGCCGAUGGUUUUCUUACCGGAAAAUAUACAAGAGAAUCAAUUGACACCUGAACAAAUGAAAAGACUGGAUGAAGCAUCUAAACCAGCUGAAAUUCCAUUCCCUAAUUCGUUUAUUAGCAACUAUGAUAGAUUCAUCAGAAAAAACAUUGAAGUGCCUCGUAAAUUUGAAGCUAUCUCGACUUCAUGUAACUUUGGAAGAAUAAAUCUUUAA